GGAGCGUGCACCACGUGCACUGCACAUGAACACAUUGUACUUUGGUGAAAUCACCCGGGAUCGUUUUGUCUUUUCUCUUAAAAAACUGUUUUUAUCGAGCGAAGCUUCAGAUCAGAAAAGUGAAGAUGAUGUUUAAGUAGCCACUGCCAUGACCAUUCAAUGAGAGGAGAGGACGCCAAGUGAAGUAUCCCCUGCUCGCUGGAAAGGAGGGAAGCGGUGCUCAAGGUAAAGACACCAGAGGGAAGAGCAGAAGAAGAGGAGGAGGAGGAGGAGGAGGAGGAAGAAAGAAAGAAGAGAUAAGAAGAGAGGGAGCGGCAGCGGAGCGAGGGAAGGGUAAGGGGUGAGAAAGCGAGGGAUAAACGGUGGAUGGAGGCAGCUCAGACCGGGGCUACGGAGCGCUCUUCACCGACGAAGAAGAAGAUCAGCAGCAGCAGGGGGGAGAGGAGAUGGAGGCGAAAGGCAGAAACAUGCCGCCAGAUCUUAGCUUCCUCCCACGCCCAGCGAUGGUGUGGUGUGAGCGGGGGAUCCAGGUGCUGCUGACCACCAUGGGGGCGUUCGCCGCCUUUGCCUUGAUGACGGUGGCCAUCGGUACGGACUACUGGCUGUACGCCCGCGCCUUCAUCUGCAACAGCACGGCCAACUCGUCCCAGGAGGACUCCAACAACAAGGACAAGAAGGACCCCGGGGCCCUCACCCACUCAGGCCUCUGGAGGAUCUGCUGCCUGGAAGGCUUGAAGCGAGGCGUAUGUUCCCAGAUCAAUCAUUUCCCAGAGGACGCAGACUACGACCAGGAUUCUGCAGAGUAUUUGCUGCGUGUGGUGCGAGCCUCCAGCAUCUUCCCCAUCCUCAGCGCCAUACUGCUCCUGCUGGGCGGAGUGUGUGUUGCUUCCAGCAGCUUCUACAAGAGCAAGCGGAACAUCAUACUGGGCGGAGGGAUCCUCUUCGUGGCUGCAGGCCUCAGCAACAUAAUCGGAGUGAUCGUGUACAUCUCGGCGGCGCUGAGCGACAUUUCCCCGAAGAAGGACGAGGAUAAGAAGUGGCACUACUCGUACGGCUGGUCCUUCUACUUCGGCGGCCUGUCCUUCAUCCUGGCCGAGAUGGUGGGUGUCCUCGCCGUCAACAUCUACAUCGAGAAGAACAAGGAGCUGCGCUGCCGCUCUCGCACCGACCUCUUCAAGAGCACCACGCACGCCAUGCUGCGGCUGCCCAGCUACCGCUUCCGGCGGCGCUCUCGCUCCAGCUCGCGCUCCACCGACCCGCCCCACUCGCAGGAGACCUCGCCCAUCGGUGCUUCCAAAACCUUCAGCCUGCCGCCCUCCGCCCCGCCCUUCUCUGUGGCCACUCUGCCCAACCCACACCACGCCGGCAGCGGCGGAAGUGGAGGCGGGGGCGACAUCUCCAUGUACACCCUCACAAGGGACUCCAAGCUGGGCAGCCUGGGAGGCGGCGCCCCACCUCUCUACGGCACUGUGGACCGGGCCACGCUCUACCAGCUCCACAACUACUUUCCAAAAGAUUCCGGCGGCAGCGGCGGAGGUGGAGGAGCGGUGAUAAGCGGCGGCACGCUCCCAUCUCACUCCAAAUCCAACUUGGCGGCAGCGGCGGCCGUCGCCCAGAACGCGGCGCCGCUGAACACGUCCACCUCGGCCCCCACACCGGCCCAGCCCGCCCAGAUCUCUACCGCCACCAUGGAGAGGGACAGGGGCAACGUGGGAACCCUGGACCGGCUGACCGCCAAGAGAGACAGGGACAGCAACUCGGACACACUGAACAGGAAGACAACGCCGGUCUGAAGCUCAGAGGAGCGAGAGAGAGAGAGAGGGAGAGAGAGAGGGAGGGUCACAAGAAGAAAUGAAUCCACACGGACGUUAGAGAGUUCCUGAGCUGAAAGAGAGGAAGAGGUCGAACAUGUGCAGGCGACACGUAACGUUUCUGUCCUCGAGCCGGAGGUGGAGCUGCCAGAAUUAUCCCCCAUGAUCAUAAACAGUCAUAAAACACUUUACUAGUUUAGUUCAUGACGUCUGCCUUAAAUUGGUCAUGACCUUUAUUUUUAAAGUUUGCUAGUUAAAUGUGCAGCGGUGAUGCGAUUGGAGGCUUCAGGGAUUUAUUUCUUUGUCUUUUUUAAUAUUUAAUUUCACACGUUAACCAGAAUUAACUGGGAGGUGCCCAGUGGGACCAGUCUCCCUGUGCAGCAGCAGUAAGGGGUUAAGUGCCUUGCUGAAGGGGCAGGGCAGUCAGUCAGUUUCUACAUCACACAUCUACAUUCAGCUUGAAACCAGUUAAACCACUACAGCCCCAUGACUCUUCAACACGAGUCCAGAUGGUUUAAGCCUCUUUUCUCUGUUACAGAAGAUCAUUUAAAACCAUCUUUAGUUUUUAUCUUCAGGCAGUGGAGAUGUUCAGCUGCCUAAAAUGUAUUUAAUAUUUGAUUUCAGGGUGUUUUUCAUGACUGUUUAUGUUGAUGUUUAAAUACCGAAGGCUCCGAGGCAGCGUGCACAUGUUGAGUGUUCCUGCAAAGGGCUGCAACCACAGGAAACAGGGGGCAGUUCAGUUUACACUCAGGGGGUCAGAGGUUAGAUUUAAAAAGUUAAAGUUAUGAAACAUCAACCGUUUAUCAAGCCAAGCACAUCACACAAAAUAAAGCACAUUAAAUAUAAAUUAUAGUAAAGAGGAAUUUGAGAUUGAUUCAUUUUUGAGAUGUGGGAUAUUUCAAAGGAGGAGAAAACAAAUCUGCAGCAGAUGAAAAAACGUUUUGGACUGAAGCUUCUUGUUCUAUAGAUCUGAUCAUUGGACAAUAAUAUGUGGAACUCUUGUGAAUCAGCUGCGUUUGAAAAGGGAUUUAACCCGACAACCCGUCGGAGGAGGAGGAGGAGGAGGGGGAGGAGGAGGGAACGAGAGAAGAGCACAACCCCCUCCGCUCGUCUGUUCAAACUACAAACUGUUUCACACACUAGAAUAAUAAAUGUAUUAUUGAGUAUAAUAUCGAUUCCACUGACUUCACCAGAAGCACAUAAUGUCUGUAAAUGGUAAUCUUUGGCUUGUCUUUUCAUCCUGAGUGAUGAUUCUCAUCUCUAGGUUACACGGGAGUGAACCUCCUCGAGUAUUAAUAUCAUGUUGCUGGUGUUUCUAUGAUCGUUAUGGUUAUUGCAGGGUAUUUAUACAUUUUGAAAUCUUUGUUUUUUUUUUUUCCUUUUUGUAGGUUUCUCCGUGUUCUUUCCCGGGACGUUGAGUUGGUUUCAGUGGCGUCACGUGGGGAAGCAUGUGCACAACACUGAGAGGGGGAUUCUGUGUAAAUUCAUCCUCCUCAUCCUCAGUUGCAUGCUUUUAUUUUUCAGCAACGGCCCUGACAGCCUCCACACACACACACACACACAGACACACACACACACACACACACUGAAACCAGUCACUCUCUGGUUACUUAGCGACUUUCUAACAGUCGGGAUGUUUCGAGCUGAACAUGAUGGAGGUUGAUUUUAUUUAAUUUCCAGGUAUUAAACCGUACAAAUAUAUUUCACUGUGUACAUUUUUCAUAUUUUUAUUCCCUCUUUGUUCACUAAUCUUCUUCGGUUGUUAAUUCUUCUCUGAAUUUACGUAUAUCGUUGCUUUUUAAUUUGAAUUUUUCAACUCGUUAAUAUGUCAACAUGUUAAUAUGUCACUAUAUAAUAUUCCACGACCAUUUUCUCUUUUUUACUUUCUAAACAUUACCAACGUAGCCUAAUGAUCUGUGUUUUUUAAUGUUCUGACUAGUGUAUAAAUGUACGCGAUAGAAUUUAUAAUAAUCUAUUUAUUUUCGUGGUGGUAUGUAUAGAUAUUCUUAAUGUUAUAUUGUUUCCGGGCGCCGACACCUUUGGGCUCUUCGAGGCUUUAAGACGCCUGUGGAGCGACGUCAGUGGCCCAGGAGCUGAGGAAGUGAGCUCAGUGUGAACUGUGUCCAACCACAAGUACCACGAGAGACAUUCCAACACAGACACGUGUCCCAAACUUGUCUUUUUACUUUUUGCAAAGUGUUUUGUUAGAACAAUGGUUAAAUGUAAAACGUUCUGGUCGUCAGGUUCAGUUCCUGUUCUGACGUUAAAACCAUUUUGAAACCAGUCACCAGCUCCUUUUCCCAAAACUUUGGCUACUGACACAAACUGGGCGUUUUCUCCAAAUGGAAAACUGGUUUAUUUCCUCUGAGCAGACAGACAAGGACAAAAUGGGACGCGAUGCAAUAAUCCUCACUGGAAAAGACACACAAUAUAAGGUACAUAUACAUACAUAUAUAAAUAUAUAUAUAUAUACUCAAUAAAGUUCUAUAUGAAAAUUGA